AUGUCCAGGUGGAAGGCAAGGCUGGCUGAAAGACUGAAAUCUCCAUCUAGAAGGAUGCAUCCAUUCCCGUGCUCAGCUCUGCUUGCUUGUUUUGGGGACACAAGGGAGACUGCUCCCUUCGAUCAGCCCAGCGCAGCCGAUACCCCUUCCACCGUCUUUGUCCAACCCAAGGCCAAAGCGGGCCGACACCCAAGUCACCCACGAAGGGAAGAAGGAACUCCAGAGAAAAGGCGAGAUUCCGGCACCCAUCCAGAGAGAAAUGGCAGUGUGAACCGGAAUUCAAGUAACCACACCGCUGUCCAGCCUGCGGAGACCCCUGUGGAUUUGCCCAGGUCUCUAGAUGGGGCAUCGGACUAUGAAGCAGUUACUUUUCAGACUUCUAUUCCCAGACCAUCAAUUAUUGAAACGCCAGAAGAAGAGGGAUCCCCCAAAGAACCACAGUGCCUCGGGUUGGAACGGAAGAUGGCAGCAGACAGCCCGCUGGAAGAUUCUGACCUGAAGGACACGUAUCUCAUCCCGAGAAACAUCAUGGCUGAGCCAGACUAUAUAGACGAUGACAAUCCUGAACUAAUUAGGCCUCAGAAACUAGUCAAUCCUGUCAAAACAUCCCGGAACCAUCAAGACCUUCACAGAGAACUUCUUAUGAAUCAAAAAAGGGGACUUGCCCCUCAGAAUAAGCCAGAGCUGCAGAAAGUGAUGGAAAAGAGAAAACGGGAUCAAGUAAUAAAGCAGAAGGAAGAGGAAGCACAAAAGAAGAAAUCUGACCUGGAAAUAGAACUAUUAAAACGGCAGCAGAAGUUGGAGCAGCUUGAACUUGAGAAGCAGAAAUUGCAAGAAGAGCAAGAAAAUGCCCCAGAGUUUGUGAAGGUUAAAGGCAAUCUCAGAAGAACAGGCCAAGAAGUGGCUCAAGCCCAGGAGUCGUAGGUCCAGGCUGCAGAGACCACGCACCAGCCCAGCACACACAAAAAGUGUGUGCAGGGGCCUCCCCAGUACCUAACCUCAGGGCCAAAGCCCCUGGAGAGAAUCCUAGCCAGCAGAGAACUGUUACUUUGAAAAGAGUUUGGUUUUGGUUUUCCUACCAUCCGGGUUGGAUCCGUUGCACCUGUGACUGUUGCAGUUCCUAUUCGCCAAAUGAAGGUCGUUGCCCGAGCACUUAAGUUGGCAUAAUGGACCUGUGUGUUCAAAGACUUAAAAAAUAACAACAAGAAGAAGAAAAGGAAGAGAACACUGGCAUAAAUUCCUGAGAGUUGCACUACUUGGUUUUUCUUUCAAGCCAAGUUUAGUGGGGCCCAGAGCCUUUUUUCUUUUAAAAUGUAAAGAAAAUGUGUUUCAUUCUUCCUUUAG